GAAGAGAUUCAGGAAGGAAGGAGAGAGAGAGAGAGAGAGAGAGAGAGAGAGAGAGAAUGGCAACAGCAGCGGUGCGAUUUCUUAAGAAAUGCCGAUCAUGGCAUUCUUACAACCUCCUCAACUCCACCGCCUAUUCUUCUUCUGCUCCCUCAAAACUUCAGCACCGAUCAUUACUUCAUCGCCCAUUUUAUGAACACCGGUUGUAUCCUAACACACCCAAAGGACUGAGGUUAAAAUCGGUGUCUGAGUUGCCUGAGUUCUGUUCUAUUUUACCAGCUAUCUUAGCAGGUGUGUUCGGAAUGGGAGUGCUAGAAAUGUCUCAUGCAGAGGCCCGUGAGGCUGAUCCCCAGAGUCAGUCAGCAUCGGAACUGCCAUCAAACUAUGGUGGCAUCGACAAAUUUGGUAGUCAAGAACGAAAACAAUUGGAAGAAUUGCUUCGAAAUAGAGGAAUGCAACGUGGCUCUUAUCCAUCUUUCUCUGUUGCUGUUAAGGGCCAACAGGUGACCAUCAAAUUCCAAAUUCCUCCAACAUGUGAAAUAUCACACCUGAUUGUGGAUCUAGUUUCACGUCUUGGGCUUAACGCUGAGGAGCACGGUGGUGGUUCAGAAAUGAUAAUGCGUGCCUGGGACAGUGCAGCUGCUUGGCAACUAACACUUACUCGUCCUGACAAGGGGAAGGAAGUUGGGGGGGAUAGGGAUUCGUCUGAAGAUAAGGAUAAGCAUGACGGGGAUUUAUGUAUUUUCAUAUUCCAAUCACUUAUUAGCUCUGAGAAUGCUGAAAUUGAGUUUAUAAAGCAAGGAACCUUUAGUCCGAAGGAGCUUGAUGCCUUGGUUUGUGCACUAAUAUUAGCCAGUGGAAGGACAGAUGCAAAGAAAGCUUUGGAAAGAAAACCUAGGGGUUACCCAGAUAGAAGGGAAAACAAGCCAAACAGUGCACUACCUUCUGCAGAGAAAUCAUUGGCUGCUUUGGAGGCCAUGGGAGUGAGAAUCUUCGGACUUAAUGAAACUCAUGCAGCUCCCACAAAUGGGGUCAUAUCAUGGGACAACAUUGCAGGAUAUGAUCAACAAAAGCGGGAAAUAGAGGAUACCAUAUUGUUGGCUCUACAAAGUCCUGAAGUGUAUGAUGAUAUUGCUCGUGGCACACGAUGCAAGUUUGAGUCCAAUCGACCUCGAGCGGUGCUUUUUGAAGGUCCACCAGGGACUGGGAAGACGUCUUGUGCUAGAGUAAUUGCUAAUCAAGCGGGUGUCCCUUUGUUAUAUGUGCCUCUUGAGAUUGUCAUGUCAAAAUAUUACGGUGAAAGUGAACGUUUACUAGGAACAGUUUUCUCUCUUGCUAAUGAGCUCUCGAGUGGAGCCAUAAUUUUUCUGGAUGAGGUUGAUUCUUUUGCUGUUGCUCGUGAUAAUGAAAUGCAUGAAGCUACACGCAGAAUUUUAUCAGUACUACUGCGACAGAUUGAUGGAUUUGAGCAAGAAAAGAGAGUGGUGGUAAUUGCUGCAACAAACAGAAAGCAAGACCUUGAUCCAGCUCUCAUUAGUCGCUUUGACUCAAUGAUUACUUUCAGCCUACCUGAUCAACAAACCCGUGAAGAAAUCGCAGCCCAAUAUGCAAGGCACUUGAAAAAAUCUGAAUUAGGUCAAUUUGCUGCAGUUACAGAAGAAUUGUCUGGAAGGGAUAUAAGAGAUGUGUGUCAACAAGCAGAGCGACACUGGGCAUCGAAGAUUAUCCGAGGCGAAGUACGCGGUGAUGAUGCUGAACAGGGACUUCUUCCCCCAAUCCAAGAAUACAUUGAGAGUGCUCAUAGCCGGCGGAAGGCAUUACUUGAUGUCGCAGAGAAGAGGAAUCAAAACUCUGACCUGAAAAAGAAGCCCUUGGCAUUUGCAUGAGAAAAUGGUAUACACCAGGCAAGCAAUAAGGCUAAAUUUAUUAAAAAUAACCCCCAAGGUUAGGGGAAGGG